CAUCGCCAAAGCAGCUACAAGCUACAACAGGUAUGUCUAUAAAUGAGAUCGAAAUAAAUGAUCAAUUAAAACAAAUAAACAGGAGAUUUCAGCAUUAUGAUCAGUUGAACAGCAUUGCCUACCAGGAAACUGAGUUAUGAAAAGUGCUACAUUUUUUUUUUUUUCCAUGAAUUAUUGAAAUGCUGAAAGAAGUUACAAAUAGAAUACUGCACAACAAAUAACUGGCUUAAUCGUUUAUUUCCAUUCAGACCUGCACUGUGUUUUGGACUGGGAAAAUUCAACCAAUCUGUCCGAAGGAAUAUGUCGCCAGGAUUUUUAACAGCUGUCCUGGGCUAUACCCUGAUUCAAAUAGAACUUUCAGCAACCUUUUCCCUGACAUCGGCAUCUCCUUUUGAUGUAGGUAAUGUAAAUGUGAUGCCUUAUUGUAACAUGUGGGCUCUUCCACCUCCCCCACCACCUUUUCCUCCCGUGAAACUGGCGUGGAUAAUGAUGAAACCCAUUGAAGAAGAGAUUCUGCUGAACCUGCUCUCCUUGCCAAUAUAUCCUUAUCUUCUUGGAUGUGAAAAAACAAUUGCUACAGCUGGCCCCACAAUUGAUCCAACAUCUCAUGGAAUUCCUUUAUCGAAAGGUGAAAAGGGAAACAGAGGAAUAAGAGGCAACACGGGUCAGCCUGGUCCUAUGGGUUUACCUGGUCUCCCAGGACUACCUGGUCCACUGGGACAUCAAGGAGAAAAGGGUGACAAGGGUGAAAGAGGAUGGGUGGGUUUACCAGGUACAAGAGGACAGCCUGGACUGAAGCAGGGUCAACGCGGACUUAAGGGCAGUAAUGGUGAAAAAGGAGAAAAAGCUAACCAAGGACCCCAGGGUGAACAGGGUUCCAUAGGAUUUCCAGGACAUGUUGGUUGGAAGGGUGAUACAGGUCCCAUAGGAGCAGAUGGCUUAGUAGGACAAGUAGGCCCAAGAGGAAUACCUGGAAAAAGAGGAUUACCAGGAAUCAAAGGUGACACUGGUACCACAGGAAAUUCUGGAACAGUGGGAGAUCCAGGCGUGCGAGGAAUAACAGGACCUCCUGGCCUUCCAGGACAAAUUCAUAUUGUCAAAGGACCAAAAGGGGACAAAGGCUUUCUUGGUCCAACAGCGAAAUGUCAUUGUGGACAGCUAAAAACUAAUUUACAACAAUCACAUUUUACUCAGAUUCCAGCAAUUUUUAUUGUAAACAAUGAGGAGGAGCUGUCUCAGCUGAAAACUGAAAAUGUGAUGGUUUUGAGAAGGGAUACUCGAGUUCUCUAUAUCUAUAACAACACAGGAUGGAUAGUAGUGCAGUCUGCUAAGACAGAUUCAUCGAGGUAUUGUGGUGAUGGUAUACUUCAAUCAGAAAAUGGAGAACAGUGCGAUGAUGGGAAUAAGGAAGUAUCUGACAACUGCAUCAACUGUCAGAGGGCUUUUUGUGGGGAUGGGCACAGGCACAUAGGAGUAGAACAAUGUGACCUUCGUGAUUUUGGCCAGCAAACAUGUGCAUCUUAUUUACCAGGAUCCUAUGGGAACUUGAAGUGUGACAGCUAUUGUUAUAUUGAUUCAACAAAUUGCCGUUUUUUUAGAGACUGACAGAAAACCAAAAGACAUUUUAUAUGAAAGUAUUGUUACCAUGAUUGCAUUAUUAUGGAUAUACUAAGCAAAUACACAAUUGAUGGAUGUUAGAGAAGCAUGUUUUAUGUUUUGACGUAGCAUGUUUUAUAUUUUGCAGAUAAGCACCUCAUUAGAUAUAGAAAUGUAAUGUCACAAUUUGCCUCAUGCAAACAAAUUAGCUUGUCAUGUGUAUUGUGUAUCGCAAACCAAUGAAUAAAUGUAGUGUAUUGUAUUUCUUAACAUGGUUAUCUGUCCAUUGUAGGCCUCACAUCUUACAUGCACAUUUUCUGUAUCUGACUUCCAUUUUAAAAAAAAAACAGA